AUGGGGAGAGCGGGUGGGAGUGGCGAUUACUUAUCAAAUAGAUGGGAGGAUUUUGCUAAAUAUGACCAGCUACGAAGUUAUCGUGCACCACCCGUUGAAGAAAACAAACUUACUCCACCAGUACUCGUUGAUCCUCUACAAUCGGUUGCUUCACUACCGGCUGUACAGUCGGCAUCCGCUGCUUCAUCAUUACCGUCGCUACCUACUGAUCUUCUGCACAAAUUACCACGUCAGUUACAAAAUGUGAACUCAUUAUGGACGUUAUUUACAUCUUUUGUAUCAAAUAUCGCCGACAAUUCAAGUUCGUUACAAGCAGUCGUGCCAUCAAAUGUCACCGACAGCUUAGUACCCUCAAGCUCAGCUGUUCAACCAUCCAGAUUUAUUUGUUAUCCUGCUAAGCAUCACACACACUACACACUACACACUACAUUUAGUUUAAGCAAUGAAGAAUUCGAGUCUGUUUAUGAUGUUCCUGCUUCAAAACGGUUUUGUGCUCAUCCACAACAAACAACAACCACGGCUCCUUCUAAUCAAAGAAAACCUCCACUCCAACUCGCUUCAGCUUCAAAGUUAGCGACAAAGAAAAAAAUUUCAGUGAAAGGACCGGUCCAUUUUUCAACAAACAAUGUUCUUGAAGACGAUGAUGAUGAGCGAACAUCAUCACAAGUAUCAAUCAUAACACCAAAUCAACGAAAACGUCCACUUAGUACGUACGACGUGAGUGAGAGAGGUGACGAUAGUACUGAAGAAGACAGUAUUUUGAUUAAAAAACGAGUGCCACUUGUGACACGAACAACAUAUACAAUAACAAAUAUUGGCAAACUGGUUGCCAGAUUAGACAAAUGUGCUGAUCGUUUUCUGGACGAAAACAUUUGA